CACCCUGUAUAAGUCCUCUGUGCGCGCCCAUUAAACAUUUUUCACACACUGAUAUUUCACAGAAUUAAUAUUCCAUAUGUUACGCAUGUGUGUUAUGAUAACAGACCACAAACAAUUUAAAGAUGCUUGUGUUAAACUUAAUUAAUUGCACUUCCUAGUCUAAGCUCUAUCUCUCUACAAUAACAACAUUAUGAAUUUCAAUUUUUCAGUGAUUUUCUUAAUUAUGUACCAUUUUACCGGCAAGAUCACUUCAACUCAACAAAAGUUAGAUGUAGACGUCUUACUAAAUAAUUACAGCGAGUUUUUGAACUCCGGCGAUAAAAAGUUGCAGAAAAUAAAAGACAGCAAUAGUUUAGAGAACGCGAUAAUUAAAUCCAAGUUGGACGUCCUGGGAGGCCUUUUAAAACAAAACGUGGACUUUAUUAGGAAGUUUCAGGAAUUGGACGUAGUUUUUUUAGUGGACGCUAGUUCUAGCGUGGGUUACGAUAAUUUUAAAAGCGAACUCAGAUUUGUGAAGAAGAUUUUAAGUGAUGUUACGGUUGAUUAUAAUCACACCAGAGUUUCAGUGAUCACAUUCAGUUCGCCAAGUAAUACAAUAGUAAAUAUUAAUGCUAUAAGUAGUCCGGAGAAGGAAAAUAACAAAUGUUUGCUAUUAAAUAAUCAAUUGAUGAAUAUUGAAUACAAAGGAGGCGAAACAUACACUUUUGGUGCCUUUGAAAAGGCGAAGGAAAUUUUUGAAACUUCAAACCGAAACGAAUCGAAGAAAGUGUUAUUUUUAAUUACUGAUGGCUAUUCCAAUGGCUUCGACCCUAUACCUAUUUCCACCGAAUUAAAAAAUAGCCAAGUGACAAUAUUCACUAUCGGAAUCAGAAAUGGAAAUUAUAAGGAGCUAUACGAUUUAUCUUCCUCACCCGGACAGUUAUACAGUUACCUUUUAGAUAGCUUUGAGGAGUUUGAAGGAUUGGCAAGAAGAGCGCUUCAUAUGGAUCUAAGAGCUGGAAAUUACAUACCGCUGGGCUUGAGCACACCUUGUGAUAAAUUAUGCGAUAGCGGCAACUGUUGCGACGAACAUGCUCUUUGUUCUUGCGGUACCACCACAGGCCAUUAUUCCUGCAUAUGCCAGCCUGGGUAUUAUGGAAAUGGGCUGAGAAACAACUGUUUACCUUGUAAACCUGGCAUGUAUACAGAUGGGCAUGAUACAUGCUUACCUUGUCCAGAUAUACACCAUACUACAAAUAUUCCAGCUUUUGGAAUAGAUAGUUGUGUAUGCAAGAGAGGUUUUCAGUCGGAUAACAAAGGAGGCUGCAAAAUUUUAAAAUGCCCAAAAAUAUCAGCUCCUGAACAUGGCUAUAUAGUAAAGAAGAAGGAAUGUAGUAAUGUACUAAACAGUGCUUGUGGUAUUAGAUGCGAAGUGGGUUACACGCUGGUUGGAAGUAGUAUAAGAUUGUGCCAAGAAAAUGCAACCUGGAGCGGAUCAGAUCCAUCAUGCGAAGUUAAAACUUGUACUCGUCCUCCCAUUCCUAAAUAUGGUAGUCUGAAAUGCGAACAUUCUGACAUAGGAACAGUUUAUGAUAAGACGGAGAAGUACUUUCCCGUCGAUACUGUAUGUAAUUUUACGUGUGCUAAGGGGAACACUUUGAUCGGCUCUUCACAAAGAACAUGCCUGCCUAUUGCUCAGUGGGAUGGUCUGAGAACAAUUUGUAAACCAAUUAAAUGUAAUAAGUUGCCCCAAACAAAAUUUGGCAAAAUUGAACCCGCUUCUUGUACCACUGGAAAGCAAGAGUUUGGUAAAAAAUGCAGAAUCAUUUGUAAUAAGGGAUUCAAAGCUGAUGGAGAAAUUGAGAAAAUAUGUGGAGAUUCGGAUUUAUGGAAUGGAAAACAUACAGUUUGUUUCGAUAAGGAACCUCCUAAUCUCACAUGCCCGAAAAAUAUAACUACCAAAAAUAUACCAGGCACAAGUUUUGGAAAAGCUAAUUGGUCUGCACCUAAUGUAACAGACAAUUCUGGACUAAACAUAUCUGUUUGGAUUUAUCCUGCUAUAUCGAAUAUUACAGAUUAUAAGUUUUCUAUUGGCAUUACACCAGUCACAUAUUUUGCUCAAGAUCUGUUUCAGAAUGCAAUUAAAUGCACCUUCUUUGUCGAGGUAAUAGAUGAAGAACCGCCUGUAAUUGAAGGUUGUAUAAGUCCCCCUACUUUUUUAAUAAAUUCUAGAAUCGGGGAAAAUAUAACAUGGGACGAACCUUAUAUUUUCGAUAAUUCGAAAAAUUUCACCGUAAAUAAAACGCAUGAUUUUGGAACUUUUAAAAUUGGAACCACCUUGGUGACGUACACUGCAAAAGAUUUUUCGGGUAAUAUCAAUAUAUGCAACAUCAAUAUUACUGUGGAAGAAUCCUAUUGUGUUGAUUUACCAUCGCCAUCCAAUGGUCAGUCAAAUUGUACCGACAUUUCCAGUGGUAUGCGCUGUCUUAUUACUUGUCAAGAUGGAUACGCUGUUCCACUACAUGCUCCCAUUGCCACAGAUAUGUCAGAAAAUGGUACUAGUUUUAUAUGCAGUCAUGGGGAUACUUCUUGGUACAAUCAACCCAUUUCUGACGGGUUUAUUUUCCCUGAAUGUUCAAUUACUACAGUUCCAGACGUAGUUGAACAGGAAGGAGAUAUAAAUAUCCCUUUAGACAAUUUUACAUGCAAUGAUACAAAUAAAAUAGAAGAGAUUGAAAACAAUAUCAAAGAAAAUUUUGAAAAUGAAAUUUGUACUGGCAACUGUAAAACAAAUCUUACUUCAGACUGUUUGGACGAGCAACUCGAGGAAGAAACAAAUGCAAUAGUGAAAAAGAGAAGAAGGUCGAUACCGCCAGAAGAAACAAAAGGAAAUAUGAAUUCUACUAAUGAAGUACUACAUAAAAACAUAAGGAUGAACAGAAGAAACAAAAAAAGACUGAACGUCAAAUUUCAGCUAAGAGGAAAAUUGAAAAUUAGUACCAAGCAAAUUAACGUAACUUCAUCGCAUAUAAAUGGUACUAUUACAGUAAGAAAAACUAUUUUUACUUGUCCAGUAGGUUUUAUACCAAGGAAAAAUAGAUGCGUUCAGUGUCCAAGAGGAGCAUUUCAUAAUGGCACUUCUAAUAUUUGUCAAAGCUGUGAUUUUGGCUAUUAUAAUGAUAAGUUAGGUCAAACCAAUUGUACAUCUUGUCCAGUUAAUUAUUCUACAUCAAAGAUGCGAGCUAAAAAUUUUAAGGAUUGCAAAGAAAUGUGUUCUCCCGGAACUCAUGCUAGAAGAAAGAAAAUUCGAGUGAAUGUUCAGCAAAUAAAAUAUACAAUUGAAAGGCCUACACUACGGCCUUAUUGCAGGUCAUGUCCUAUUGGAACUUAUCAACCAGAUUAUGGUACAAUCAGGUGUAUUCCCUGUCCUAACGGAUACACGACUAUAAGAGUCGGAUCAACAAGAAUAGAGGAUUGUAUUCCAACCGCUGAUGAAAUAUGCAGUUCUCGACCAAACCUUUGUCGAAAUGGUACAUGCAAUGCGACAAAUGAGUAUCAGUUUACAUGUGAUUGCUUUCAACAUUUUUAUGGUAUUAAUUGUGAACAUUUUCUAUCCCCUUGCAAUUCUGAUCCAUGCAUUAACGGAGGAACUUGUAUUGCAUUUGAGAACGAUUUCAAAUGCAUGUGUACUAAUGGAUAUCAAGGAAAAUACUGCGAAGAAGUACAAGAAAAAGAAAGUUAUUGCAAAAUAAAUUGUCAAAACGGAGGCACAUGUAUUAAUAUCGAAGAUGAAGAAUUUGUUUGCGUUUGUCCAAAAGGGUUUUCAGGAGAAACUUGUCAGAACUUUUUGAGAAAUUGUGAUAACGUUAUAUGCGAAAACAACAGCACUUGCCACGAAUCUCAAGACACAUUUAAAUGUAUAUGUUCCCAAGGAUAUUUAGGCCAUCGAUGUAACUUAUUGCCAUGCGAUUAUAGACCAUGUGAUGUAAAUAGUAUUUGUAUUAACAUUGAAACGAAGAAUACUAUGAAAACUGACUACAAAUGUAUAUGCCCUGAGGGCUAUACCGGAGAUCGAUGCUUAGAACAAAUUAAUUAUUGUAUAAACUCACCGUGUCUAAAUGAUGCAACUUGCAUCAAUACUGAAGGGUCUUAUAAGUGUUUAUGCUCAAAACUGUAUUAUGGUCAGGAAUGUCAGUUUAAGAGAGAUACCAAAUAUAUGCUUAAUUUCGCCAGAUAUGACAUAAAUAAUUUUAUUGGAGUCACAGGGUUUGAGGAGAAUUUAUUCCAGAUUACUGCUUGUUUAUGGAUUCAAACAACAGAUAGUGUUAACUAUGGAACAUUAUUGUCUUACGCUACUCGAUCCUCUGACAAUGUCUUCACAUUAACUGAUUAUACCGGAUUAGUACUCUAUGUCAAUAAAGAAUACAUUGUAACCGAUGUACUUCUAAACGAUGGUUAUUGGCAUCAUAUUUGUGCUGCGUGGCAGAGUGUAAAUGGCGAAUAUCAAAUUUUUGUCGACGGAAGUCUGAUCAAUAGCGGAAGAAAUUUAGCUUCUGGUUCUAAAAUAGAAGGUAACGGAUAUUUAGUUAUUGGUCAAGAGCAAGAUGAUAUAGGAGGCAAAUUCAGUCAGUCCCAGACAUUUGUAGGAAAUAUGGCAUACAUCGAUAUUUGGUCAAGGAAAUUAAACGAGACUGAAAUUUUAACACAUCUAAAUGAUUGUAGUGACUCUAUUCUAGGUGAUCUGUAUGCAUGGCCUGAAAUACAAGAACAUAUUAAAGGAAAUGUCCAGAGACUAAAUUCAUCAUUUUGUCAAAAGUGCAAAGAACCUCAUAUUAUGUACAACGGUCUAAUAAACAUAAUUGACAACACUGCAUUUUACUCAUGCAACGAAGGAUAUGAAUUAAGUAAUAAAAAAUUUGAGAACGGACGCAAAUGUAUGAAGACCUCUAAAUGGGAAGAACUCGAUGACCCUUAUUGUAGAAUAAAAUAUUGUGGAUAUCCCGGUUUUGUGAAGAAUGCAUUUUUCAUAGGGAAUGAUUUCUUCUAUAAUAGUAAAGUAAUAUUCCAGUGUUAUUCUGGAUAUCAAAUGGUAGGAAGUAUGUCAAUUACUUGUAGAGCAGAUGGUACGUGGUAUCCUGAGAAACCGCAGUGUGUUGCCCCACAGUGUACUUUACCUACAAUUGAACAUGGAUUUAUUAGAAUAAUUACAGAUGACUUAAUCGAAGAUGUAAAAAACGUUAAAGCUAAUGUCGAAAUGGAAACGGAAAUAAGAAUAAUAUGUUUUGAUAAUGCUACACUGGUUGGACCAUCUACUUUGAUUUGUUUAGAAAACGGCACUUGGAGCGAUACCAGCGCAAAAUGCAUUUUAAAUAAACAGGAGUUACCAGUGAUUGCAAAACCAAAAAAAUCAGCUUUGAGUUGUUCUGAAUCUCUAAUUCCUCCUGCACCAGAGAAUGGUUAUAUAUUUGAGGAAUCUCAGAACUUGGUUCGGAAAGGCUCUAGGGAUUAUGUAGAGUACAAAUGUCGACCUGGUUAUAAACUUGUCGGAGUCAACGUUUCUACUUGCAUUAUAGAUGGGUAUUGGACUGAGCCUAAUAUAACAUGCCAAGCUAUAAUAUGUCCUGAAGUACCUACCUUCAAAAAUAUGGUGUUAAAGAGCAGUGAUAUAUCUGUAACUGUAUAUCAAGCUGGUAACAUGCUAACUUACGAAUGUCCAGAAGGAUAUAAAAUGUUUGGCACGGGAAUUAUUAGAUGCACAAUUCUGGGGCGUUGGAGUAAAAUGCAAUCUCGAUGCAGUAAAAAGUCUUGUGGCAAACCUCAAGCAUCUUUUAAUGCAGAAGUACAAGGUGAUUCAUAUCUCUUCGGUGAUACAGUGAAAAUAAUAUGUCCUACUGGAAAAACUUAUGACCUCUCCUGUGGAAAAGAUGGCUCCUGGAUUGGAGCUUUAGAAGACGCUACUUGUUAAUAAAUCUUAUCAAAAAUAAACAUCCUUGUAUAUUUCGUUUUAUUUUUCACAAUUUCAGAGACAAAUGUAAUCGAUUUCAUUAAUAUUU